AUGAAACCCUUUUUGAUUUUCAGGACAGUGAAGCCAGACUAUGUGCUGAUAAGACAAAAUAUGAGAGAUGCUGGAGAAGACUACAAGAACAUCCUGCUGGGACUCAAGUUUGGUGAUGUGCCUGGGCUGAAUUCCCUGGCUUCCAUUUAUGCAUUCCAGGACAAGCCCUGGGUAUUUGCACACUUGCAGGACAUUCAGAGGAGGAUUGGGAAGGAGAACUUUCCUCUCAUCCAGCAAACCUACUUUCCUAACUGCAGGGAAAUGAUCACAACACCCAAGUUCCCAAUAGUACUGAAGAUAGGACAUGCUCAUGGAGGCCUGGGGAAGGUGAAGGUGGAAAACAUGUCAGAUUUCCAGGAUCUGACAAGUGUUGUAGCAGUGGCCAACACUUACUGCACAAUUGAGCCUUAUAUUGAGUCACGCUAUGACAUCCACAUCCAAAAGAUUGGCACCAACUACAAGGCCUUCAUGAGGAAAUCCAUGUCUGGGAAUUGGAAGACCAACUUGGGAAGUUCCUUGCUGGAGCAGCAAGAGGUUCAGGACCGCUGGAGGAUGUGGGUUGAUGCAGUGUCCCAACUGUUUGGGGGACUUGACAUUUGUGCCAUUGAAGCAGUUGUUUCCAAGGAUGGAAAUGAGUACAUCAUUGAGGUGAAUGACAGUGCCUUGUCACUGUUUGGAGAGUCUCAGGAAGAGGACAGGAGGCACAUUGCAGAAUUGGUUUUGUUCAGGAUGCAGACGCUGUUUGCCACGAUACCAUUGGGCAAAGACGAACCCAGCGCCACAAGCACCACCACGUCCGCGUCCGCCGCGACUGCAGCGACAUCUACGCAACAUCGUCGCAUUCCGACAGCCAGCAAGCCCAAUUCCGUCGUCUCUUCGCCGACGACGGACGACUCUCGACCCGUGCUGCCGCCGCCACCGCCGCCAUCACUCACGGCGCAGCAGAUCCGCGAACGCGACGAACUCUUCGGCGCCGCCGCAGGCGCCUCACCGACGCCCCCAACAGCAGCAGCAGCAGCGGCGGCUGCUGCUGCAGCUGCAGGGCCGCCACCAGCACGUCCUUUGCCGCAGCGUCCAGCGCCGCCUCCGUUGUCGACGGCGUCGUCGGUUAGUGGCGGCCCACCGCCCGGCCCGGCGCCUGUCGUCGCGGCGUCCUUCGACGAGGACGGACACCCGCCGAUCCCGUCCCUCGGCGGCGGCAGUGGCGGCGGUGGGAUCUUCGCGGGAACGGUCAAAGAACGCCGCGACUCUCAAGACGAACCCAGCGCCACAAGCACCACCACGUCCGCGUCCGCCGCGACUGCAGCGACAUCUACGCAACAUCGUCGCAUUCCGACAGCCAGCAAGCCCAAUUCCGUCGUCUCCUCGCCGACGACGGACGACUCUCGACCCGUGCUGCCGCCGCCACCGCCGCCAUCACUCACGGCGCAGCAGAUCCGCGAACGCGACGAACUCUUCGGCGCCGCCGCAGGCGCCUCACCGACGCCCCCAACAGCAGCAGCAGCAGCGGCGGCUGCUGCUGCAGCUGCAGGGCCGCCACCAGCACGUCCUUUGCCGCAGCGUCCAGCGCCGCCUCCGUUGUCGACGGCGUCGUCGGUUAGUGGCGGCCCACCGCCCGGCCCGGCGCCUGUCGUCGCGGCGUCCUUCGACGAGGACGGACACCCGCCGAUCCCGUCCCUCGGCGGCGGCGGUGGGAUCUUCGCGGGAACGGUCAAAGAACGCCGCGACUCUCAAGAUGUCGCCAACCGAAUAGAUGAAGAAAUUUCAAUCCUCCGCGCGGGAUCGUGA